AAGGCUACACAAGAUUUGGCACUUUCGGCUGGUCCACUGUCCAAACACGAAAUUCACAGGCCACGAACCAAAGCAAGACAAACCCAGAAGAACCCUGCAAUGGCGACGGCGAGGAGGGUGGUCCUCAUCCCCGGCCAGAGCAUAAGCCACCUCACGCCGAUGAUGGAGUUCGCCGCGGUCUGCAUCCGUCGUGGCCUCGCCGUCACCGUCGCCGUCCCGGACCCAGCCCUUACCUCCCCGGCUUUCCGCUCCACCAUCGGCCGGUACGCCGCCCGGCUCCCCUCCCUCUCCGUCCACUCCCUCCCUCCCCCUCCCGCCCACCACCACUCCCUCGACGCCGCGCACCCGUUCAUCCGCAUACAGGCCGGCUUCCGCUCCCAGGCAGCCGGCCUGCGAGACUUCCUCCGCAGCCUCCCCGCAGUCCACGCGCUCGUGGCCGACAUGUUCGCCGCUUACCUCCUCGACGUCGCCGCGGAGGUCGGCGUCCUGGGGCACCUCUUCUACUGCACAGGCGCCGCCAAUCUUACCGUCUUCCUCGAACUGCCUUCAUUUUGCUCCGCGAGCGUUGCAGACUUGAAAGAUCUCGGCGACGCGCCCGUGUCGUUCCCCGGCGUGCCCACGAUGCCGGCGUCUCACUUGGUCGACGGUGUGCUCGACAGCGGAACGGACCUGUACGCGGCUGUGCUGGACGUAUUUGGUCGGAUGGCGGCAGCGCGCGGCAUUCUGGUGAACACCUUCGAGGCGCUGGAGAGCUCGGCGGUGGCGGCGAUUAGAGACGGGCGCUGCCUCCGCGGCCGCGCCGCCCCGCGGGUCUACUGCGUAGGCCCGUUGAUCGCGGAAGGCGGCGCGGAGGAGGAGGAGGAGAGGCACCCAUGCCUCCCGUGGCUGGACGCGCAGCCCGAGGGCAGCGUCGUGUACAUCUGCUUCGGCAGCCGGUGCACGGUCUCGCUGGAGCAGAUCAGGGAGAUGGCCAAGGGGCUCGAGAUGUCCGGGCACAGGUUCUUGUGGGUGCUGCGCGCGCCUCCUGCCUUCGCCGCAGCAGCCGGCGAGCCGGACGCGACGCUGUCUCUCCUCCCCGAGGGGUUCUUGGCCCGGACGGCAGACAGGGGCCUCGUGGUGACCGCGUCCUGGGUGCCGCAGAUGGACGUGCUGCGUCACGCGUCGACUGGCACCUUCAUCACGCACUGUGGAUGGAACUCGACGCUGGAGGCGGCGGCCACCGGCGUGCCGAUGGUGUGCUGGCCGCUGGAAGCCGAGCAGUGGAUGAACAAGGUGUACAUUGUCGAGGAGAUGAAGGUUGGCGUGGCGGUGAGAGGGUAUGCUAAACCCGGGGUGCUUGUCACGGCCGACAAUGUGGAUGCCACGGUUAGACAGAUCAUGGACAUGGAGUCGGAAGGUCGGCGAGCUGUCGUCGAACGGGCCAUGGCGGUAAAGGAGAGCGCCGCCGCGGCAUGGAAGGAGAGCGGCUCCUCUUGUGCCGCGUUCGCCGAGUUUGUGAAGCAGAUGGAGUAAGAGAAGGUCGGCAGCAACUGGUAAGGAUCCGUAAACUGGGCAUUGCAGUGGUGCGCACCAUUUAUGAACUAACAUGAGUAGUGAGUGCAAUGUACGUAUUUAUUUAUUCAUAACAUUUUGGGGGACUACCUCAUUCUAGUUUGAAUUUCGAGUGAUUUGGCAUGCCAUAGAA